CACACAAACAAAAGAACAGCACACACAAACACGGCUCUUGUUGGUUAAAGAAUUAGCAUCUAUGUCUCUACGAACUCCCAUCCCACCCCCACCCAGGAUGGGACAGCCCCCCUGCCCUGUUGUUACCUCCUCUCCAGCUCUCCCUCCACACCCAGGUGGAGUCAAACAAAGCGGAUCUACAGGGAAAGAUUCCCAGAACUACGCACUCAAUAUAAGAGCCAACGGGACGUCCCGAGUUCAUUCGGCCGGCUGUCAGGUCACGAGCUGCGAUGGCGAUGCUUCUGUCCCUGUCCCUCCUGCUGGGGAGCCUGAUUGGGACGACGCAGUCGUGUGUGGAUCAGGCUUCCGCGCACACGCGCACUGGGAUCGUCUGCAGAGUCACCUACCCAGCGGCACUUGUCUUGAAUGAAAAAACCGCUGAAGUGAUCCAGGCCGUCUUCCAGCACGCCCAAUACCCCGAUGUUAAGGGCAAGAAAUCCCUGCCCGUAAUAGGGAGGGCUCAGUACAACCUCAAGAAUCUACAUAUCUACAAUCUAGCGAUUGGGCGGAGCGAAGUUGAGCUGCGGGAAGAUGAUGUCGUCGGGAUCUCCAUCGCUAACGUCUCCGCCACCUUCCAGGGAACCCUCAGAUAUGAAUAUGGAAACUGGCUCAUCAAGGUGGCGCAAUCUGUGGCUUUUGAGAUCGAGACCCAUAUUGAUCUGGUCAUUAACCCAAGGCUAUAUUGCAGUAAUGGAAAAGUUGCUGCAGACACCUCAGACUGCUACCUCACCUUCCACAAGCUCACACUCCUACUACAGGGAGACAGAGACCCGAACUGGCUGAAGAGAGUUUUCACAGACUUUCUCUCAUUUACCAUCAAAAUGGUCGUCAAAAGCCAGAUCUGUAAAGAAAUAAACAAUCUGGCAACCAUUUUGGCUGACUUCAUCCAAGAGACAGCAGAGCACUUUUUGAGCGAUGGCGACAUUGGCAUGGACGUGUCUAUCACCUCUGCCCCCUUCAUUACGUCCAAUUACAUCGAGUCUUACCACAAGGGGCUGACCCGCUACAACAAUCACACUGCAGUCAUCAAUGCCUCGGUGUUCAGUCCCGCCCAGCUGACCGAGCAUCGCAUGCUGUACUUCUGGGUGUCUGAUGACAUGCUGGGUCCCCUCGUGACUGCCGCGCACCAAGAUGGCCGCUUUUUCUGCAACGUCACAGGAAAAGAGCUGGCAGGCCUUUUUGAGACGGAUCUAUCUACACCUAUGCCCACUCUCUUGGACCAGUUGUUGUCCUCAGGCAACUCGGUGCUGAAGGCAUGGAGUACGUCCGUGCCCCACCUCUGGACGACCCCCCAGGGCACAUUUGUCCGUUCUGUGGCUGCAGUGGAGUGGACCAGUGGUUCCGAUGACCUGGACGCCCCCGCUCUCUACUUUGAGGCGGAAGUGGAGGUGGUUGUCAGAGCAGACUAUGCUGAGAAGAAGCUAAUCCUGAAUGCCACGGCAACACAAGUCUCCAUCCUGACGGGUUCUUUCUCCCCAGGGAAACAGCAGCUGUCAGAGGGUCAGGUGGAGUACCUGAAAGAGGCAGUUGAGAAAAUUGGCAUUCCAAAAGUAAUAUCCUACAUGGAGCCUGGUCUCACCACUGUGAUGAACAGACAGGGCCUGGACCUGUUUGAGAUCAUAAAUCCUGAGGUUUUGUUCCACCAGGGGUAUGUGAUUGUUCAGCUGGACUUUGGAUUCCCUCAUCACCUGUUGGUAGACUUCCUGAAAAGAACUUUGGAGUGAUGACAUGUUACAUAUACACAUACAAGUCUGCCGAUACAGUGUCUGGCCAUGUGGACAGUGUUGAUGUGCGCAAUGUGUUACACUUUGUUUUUAACUGUUAUGUGUACAAAUGUAACUAUUUGUCAGCUCAUUUUAAUGUUUUAGUUAUGAAUUUAUUCAAUAUGUUGUUGUUAAUAUGCAUAGCAGCAUAAAUUAUACUAGCACCAGAACCAGUAAAUAUCUGAACUUUUUUGUCCUAGUUAUUGUGUAAUGAUGUUACUGACUUGCUAGGAGCCCACAGAAACCUGAGUAGUCUUGUUUGUGUAUGGUAUUGCGUAAUUUAUAAUAAAAAAGUUUCACGACAAAAAAUAAAAUUAAAUAAAUUCAUCAUA